GGGGGAAUUCAAGAAAAUCCCCAAAAAAAGGUCGGUCGUUGGGAGGCAAAAAAGAUAAGUAACCUUAGACCAUCAGGCUCCCUAGUGGGUCUGGAACGGAUAAGUCGGCAGGCACAGCAGAAAAAAAAGCAACAGAAACGAGAAAAGCUUCGUUACGGUUCCCUCAUUUCGAAUCAUUUCUAAGCCACAGGCAGUAACUUUUCGUCAUAAACUGCUGAAGGAAAAGAAAAAUUUUUUCUUUUGGUCGUGUUAUUUAUUUAUCUUCGGGCCGCCUGUUGUAGGUCAAGCGUGAAACAACAUAAAACUCCUCCCACUCUCCCUACGGCGGUCAAGAUGGUCAAUGAUCGGAAUGGGGACGAGGCCAUGGCCCAGAGCAAAGAACGACUGGAGUCUUCCGACUACGCCGAAAGACCCCCAACUUCCGAUACAACCGAUUCGUCCUCCACCACCAGCUCCGUGGAUUAUGACCCUCAAUUGCAUACCCUUCGCUCGCGCGCUACCGAGGUUGACCUCGAACGCCAUACGACCAGGGCCUCAGAUGCCCUGAGUCGCAUCCACACCCAGCGCCUCCAACAUGCCCUCACUGUCGGUGAAAGUGUCAAGUCACAUCCCUCCAAGGCCCCAUUGCCCCCAUUUGGUGCCGGAAAGCCUUAUCCGCCGCCUUUACCAGCGCGGGAGGACUACGUGGUGGAGUUCGACGGGAAAGAAGAUCCCUUAUACCCCCAGAACUGGCCGUUGAAGAGAAAAGUCUAUAUCAGUGCCAUCCUCGCCUUCACUAGUAUUUGCUCCACCUUCGAUUCCGCCAUCUUCAGCGCCUCCAGCAAAAAUGUCGCGCAAGCAUUCAGCGUCGGUCUCGAAGUCUCCACGCUGUCGAGUUCCCUGUAUAUCAUCGGUUAUGCGUCGGGACCCUUGAUCUGGGCCCCCAUGUCGGAAUUGCAAGGCCGUCGCUUACCCAUCGUCAUCGCGAUGAUGGGAUUUGGAAUCUUUAAUAUCGCCGUCGCCGUCGCCAAGGACCUACAGACCCUCAUGAUCUCUCGUUUCUUCUGUGGUAUCUUUGGCAGUUGUCCCCUGGCCGUCGUCGCUGCCGUCUUCUCCGAUAUUUACGACAAUCGCACCCGUGGUGUCGCGAUCGCCAUUUUCUCGAGCACGGUGUUUUUAGGCCCCCUCCUCGCGCCGUUCAUUGGUGGUUUUAUCAACAUGUCAUAUCUGGGCUGGCGGUACACGGCGUAUAUUCCGGCAUUCAUGGGGUUUUUUGCGUUCGCGCUGAACGUCUUCUUCCUGAGGGAAUCAUAUCCGCCCGUCAUUCUGAUCAGCAAGGCCUCGGAACUGCGCCGUCGCACCAAGAACUGGGGCAUCCAUGCCAAGCAGGAGGAGAUUGAGGUAGACUUCAAAGACCUGAUCAUCAACAACUUCUCCCGUCCGCUGCGUUUGCUCAUCAACGAGCCCCUGAUCCUCGCCGUGACAGUUUACCUCAGUUUCAUCUAUGGCUUGCUUUACUGUUUCCUGACGGCCUAUACCCUGGUGUUCCAAGGGGUCCAUGGCAUGAACGCCGGCGUGGGUGGCCUCCCCUUGUUUGGCAUGGUCGUGGGCCUGUUCAUCGCGGCGGGCUACAUCAUUCUGACUAGCGGAGCGUACAACAAGAAGCUCGAAGCCAACGGGGGGAUCCCCGUGCCCGAGUGGCGUCUUCCGCCGGUGAUCAUUGCGGGCGCGCUCUUUGCCGCGGGAUUGUUCUGGUUCGGCUGGACUGGCUUCACCGAUAGCAUCCACUGGAUUGUCCCGACCCUGAGCGGUCUCUUCACCGGAUUCGGACUCCUGAUCAUCUUCAUUCAGCUGUUCAACUACCUCAUUGACACGUAUCUGAUGUUUGCCGCCUCGGCCAUCGCCGCCAACACCUUCGUUCGUUCCUUAGUCGCCUCCAGCUUCCCGCUCUUCUCCCGGCAAAUGUUCAACAACAUGGGGAUCCAGUGGGCGUCCACGCUACUCGGCUGUCUGGCGGCCAUCCUGGUGCCCAUUCCCGUCAUCUUCUUUUUCUUCGGCAAGCGACUGCGCAUGAAGAGCAAGUUUGCGCCCAUCUACGAGAAAGCCGAGGAGCCGAUGAGUGACGAGAAUGAAAUUGCCGCCGAGACCAAUGGACCCUUGAGGGAAUAAGAAUAACCGGAUCCCACCCACAUACACAACUAUGCCCCAUCGUCUCCGUUUGAUACCCAGGGCCAUAGAUGGUGUCUUAAUGUUCUUCCCUUCGAUAAAAGCAAUAUACCCCGAAUUUGUAUAAAAUAAUCUUAGUUUAGCAUCUAAUCUAAUCAUAUCAUUGCA